AUGUUGAUUAUCGAAAGGGAGUACCUCGUGACAUCCAUAUUCAAUUCGAUUGCCAAGAGGUUUGGUGAAAUAUUUAGGGAGAGGCGUGCCUACGUCCUCAAAUAUAAGGAUAACAAAUUUGUUCCCGCCGUCGAAAAGAUUUUAAGAGAUAAUAUGAGCGAGGGAGACUCAUUCUAUGUAGAGAACAUAAAUGGGGACGAAAGGCAAUACACUAUGUUUGGAAGGGGCUCUACGGCCAAAGUUGACCUACUGGAAAGGUCUUGUUCGUGCAGGAAGUUUGACCUGGUGAAAAUACCAUGCGAUCAUGCGAUGGCCGUUUUACGAUCGAAGCACGGUGAUGAUUAUAGUUUGAGAGUUUAUGAUUACUCUUUUCCCCUGUAUAAAGUGGAAGAGUAUCUCCUUGCGUAUUCAAAAUCAAUUAAUGUUGUCCCUUUGGAGUCCGAAUGGCACGUGCCACAAGAAUUGCUAGACGUGAACAUUAUUCCAUCACUUGUGGUCACCAAGCCCGGAAGGAAGAAAAGAAAACGCGUUAAGGGAAUGGGCGAGACUUUCAAGUCAAAGAGGAGGAACAAGUGUUCAUUGUGCAAGACACCCGGGCACAAGAGAACCAUUUGUAACAACAACAAAUUGUAG